AUGGCAGCGGCCGAAGGCGGCGGCGGCGGGGCGCGGCCGGACACGGCGGCGCAGCGGGCCGAGCUGGAGCCACUGCUGGCCACGGCCCUCAGGCCGGGGGAGUCCUGGUACCUGGUCGAGAGUCGCUGGUUCAAACAGUGGAAGAAGUACGUGGGCUUCGACAGCUGGGACAUGUUCGGCGCGGGCGAUCCCAGCCUCUUUCCCGGGCCUAUCGACAACUCGGGUCUUUUCGGCGAUCCAGAAACUCAGAGCUUAAAGGAGCACCUAAUUGACGAGCUGGAUUAUGUAUUGGUUCCCACUGAAGCCUGGGAUAAACUAGUAAUGUGGUACGGCUGCAUAGAUGGACAGCAGCCUAUUGUCAGAAAAGUAGUGGAAUAUGGUCUGUUUGUGAAGCACUAUAAAGUUGAAGUUUAUCUUCUUGAGCUGAAGCUGUGUGAGAGCAGUGAUCCUGACAAUUUAAUUAGCUGCCACUUCAGCAAAGCAGAUACUGUUGCUACCAUUGAGAAAGAAAUGAGGAAACUAUUUAAUAUCCCAGCUGAGAAGGAAACUAGGUUAUGGAACAGGUAUAUGAGUAACACUUACGAGCAGCUCAGCAAGCUGGAUAGCACAGUGCAAGAUGCAGGGCUAUAUCAGGGUCAGGUUGUUCUCAUAGAAGUGAAAAAUGAAGAUGGCACGUGGCCUGGACAGCAUUUUCUGGCAAAAUCAAGUACUGCAACUAGCAGAAACUUUACUACCUCUUCAAAAUCAUCAGCAAGUUCUUAUUCUUCAGUGUCUGCCACUUCUGUCAUUACUAACGGUGAUAGCAGUAACUCCUAUGGACUGAACAGCUCCCACCUGGGCAGGGGAGGAUCGGGGUUUGUCUGUAACUCUUACAACAGCAGGGACAGUCCUUCCUUGUCACAGCCUGGUCUCUGUGGACUCAGUAAUCUUGGAAAUACCUGCUUCAUGAAUUCUGCAUUACAGUGUCUGAGCAAUACCCCUCCGCUGACAGACUAUUUCCUGGAAGAUAAAUAUGAAGCUGAAAUAAAUCAGAACAAUCCACUGGGGAUGAGAGGAGAAAUUGCAGAAGCCUAUGCAGAGCUCAUUAAACAGAUGUGGUCUGGGAGACAGUCUUAUGUGGCCCCACGUAUGUUUAAAACUCAAGUUGGCCGAUUUGCUCCUCAGUUUUCAGGAUACCAGCAGCAGGAUUCGCAGGAGCUCUUGGCUUUUCUUCUAGAUGGCUUGCAUGAGGAUUUGAACAGAGUGAAAAAGAAGCCCUACUUGGAGCUGAAGGAUGCCAAUGGCAGGCCUGAUUCGGAGGUGGCAAAAGAGGCCUGGGAGAAUCAUAGGCUGAGAAAUGAUUCUAUCAUUGUGGAUAUUUUUCAUGGUCUUUUCAAAUCUACACUUGUUUGUCCUAAAUGCUCCAAAGUAUCUGUGACCUUUGAUCCCUUCUGUUACUUAACCCUUCCACUGCCCUUGAGGAGGGAUCGUCUUAUGGAAGUUACUCUGAUAUAUGCAGACCCACAGCGCAGACCUGUCCAGUACCGAGUUGUGGUGCCGAUGAUGGGGGCCGUCUCAGAUCUCUGUGAAUCACUCUCCAAGCUCUCUGGUGUUCCUGCAGAGAACAUGGUGGUGACAGACGUGUAUAAUCAUCGGUUCCACAAAAUUUUCCAAAUGGAUGAAGGUUUAAAUCAUAUCAUGCCAAAAGACGACAUCUUUGUGUAUGAAGUUUGCAAGACAAGAGAGGAUGGCUCGGAGGAUGUGACUCUCUGUGUUUACUUCCGGGAAAAGACAGUGAGGCAAUCCAGCAACACUGCAGGCACUGUCCUCUUCGGUCAGCCACUCUUAGUAUCUGUGCCCAAACACAAACUCACUGUGGAGCACUUGUACAGUGUGGUUUUGGAGCAGAUCAGCCGCUACGUGAAACUCCCUUUGGUAGAAGAAUCCUCUACACCCUGCCAAGACAAAGGAACCUGCAAUGGCUCCAAUGGUAUGGUUGAAGGUGACAUUGAAGAGAUGGACCAUCAGGAUGGUGGACAGGAAGUCAGGGAAAAGCUGGCAGAAGUUGAUCCCUGCCACUCUGAGGGUUGUAUGCAGAUCGAGUCAGUAAGAGACUUGCAGCCUUGCAAGAAGCAGCAUUUUACCUUUAGCCUUGUGAAUUCCUCUGGGACUUCUGAGAUAAGCUCCAUUGUAGAAGGAAAAAUCCUAAAACUGAAUGCUUUCUCUGCUCUUGCUGUUGACUGGGAUUCCGAUACGCGGAGGCUACUUUUCGAUGUACAGGAGGCACAGGCAUUUGAAAAACAUGGAAGUAUGUUGCAACCCCAGAAGAAGAAGGCUGUGGUAGCCCUGAGAGACUGCAUAGAGCUCUUCACAACUAUGGAAACACUUGGAGAACAUGACCCGUGGUACUGCCCUAACUGUAAGAAACAUCAACAGGCCACAAAGAAGUUUGACUUGUGGUCUUUGCCCCGGAUUUUGGUUGUGCAUUUAAAGCGUUUCUCAUACAGCAGAUACUGGAGGGAUAAGCUUGACACUGUUGUGGAAUUCCCUAUCAGGGGUUUAAAUAUGUCUGAGUUUGUCUGUGACCCAAGGGCAGGCUCAUAUGUGUAUGACCUCAUCGCGGUUUCCAAUCACUAUGGAGCCAUGGGAGUAGGCCACUACACUGCCUAUGCAAAGAACAAAGUCAAUGACAAGUGGUACCACUUUGAUGACAGCAGUGUGUCGGUGGCUUCAGAAGACCAAAUAGUGACAAAAGCUGCGUACGUGCUGUUUUAUCAGCGCCGAAACAGUGAGGAACAUACUGUCCCAUCUCCUCCCCAAGAAGAGUGUGAUGGCAUGGAUACCAAUUAAGCAUCACCUCCAGCACUUGGCCACCAUCUUAGCGGUUGCUCUUCUAAAGCCAUGCCUGAGGCAUCAGAAAAUUUUUCUUCCCUCUAUAGGAUUCAAAGCAGAAAAUCUAGCGCUGGAAGAUUCAGUGCUGGGGGUUGCAGAAUAGCACUGGAGAGACAGGAAUUAGGUGCUGACACUUGGGAUUGUAGAGGCCAAAAAUAAUAUAUAUUGGAGCUUCAAUAAAGUUCUUUGUAAAAUCUGGCUGAGCUGUGUGGCUAGAGGCAGGGGUUGGGGCUGAGCUGGGCUGGGGCUGUGGUCUUGGUCUGAGGGUAUUAGCUGAGAUGGGAGAGUACCGCCUGAGCUAGAGGCCAGAUCACAGCUGAGUCUUGCAGGUGCCUGUGGAGGAGUCCGAUGGGUAUGAUUCUGUGAAUCAGCAUGGGGGCUUCCUGCCAACCCUCCAGUGUUGCUGUUGGGCCCUGCCUGUGUCAGGGAGGCUUGCUGCAUCCUUUCUGGAAGCUCACUGCAAAUCUUUGUACAUUGGGCAUGUCUGUUGCAGUCUCUGCCAUGUUACUUUGGUCCCUUUGCUAAGCAACCAACGUUUCUCUUGUAUGCUUUCACUGAGGCUCUUCUGGGCAGUUCUGACUCAUCCUUUCUCAUGUGAAUGCUGGAUUUUGCCAGGUAGGAGACUUCACUGGCAGUGAAUCAUACCUGCCUGUGGUAUGGCACAUGUGCAGACUGAUCCACAGAGCAAUGCAGGACACAGCUGCUCUGGCUCCCAUUCUUCUGCAGAGAAAAGACCAUCCACAGGUUGACAAUUUCUUGUCCUCUCCAUCCAUCUCCUGUACUUCUUGCUUCCAGGCUACCCUAUAAGCACUUUUCUGCCUCCAUCAUUUCUCCUAUGGUUUGUGCAGUGGCAACAUUUUUACCCUUUUUUUUCUCAUUUAUGUAACUCCUUAGACCUUUUUCUUGGGCAAAAAUGAGCACUGUGUCCCCAGAGCUGUAACCUGUAAUGAUGGCAGCCCAAUGCAUUGGGCUGUUUGAGUUUUCAGCCUUUUCUUGUGUGACUUUUUUUUUGUCUCUUUCAGCUUUUUCCUUCCCUUGAGCACUGCCCUUUAGAUCCCUAACCUUGUCAUUUUCUGUGAGGCAGCAGGUGUGAGAGUCCUCUUCAGAGUCUUUCUUUGCCUUAGCUGUUCAGUAGUUCUGCUCUAUCCUUUCAGCCCAACUGGCAAAGGCUUUUCUCUAUCACCUCCUUUACUUUUUGUGUUCCUUGUAAGACUUAAGUCCAGCUUUCAUCUUGGAUGAGGACUCCUGUGAGCACUAGAUCAGGUCAGUCCUCAGUGGAGAACUGGUCACCUGUGUGAGAAAUGGGGAAAAAUUUAGAGCCUUGGUCUUUUUUUAGGGAAAGAUCUAGAUCAAGGUGAUGAACCAAACAGGAGGAUUGUACCUUUUUGGGGCCAAGUGCAUUGGCAGAACAAAAAGCUAAGACAGGCUUCUUCCCCAUUCUUAUUCCCCCUGAAAUGUGUUGCUUGCAGCCACUCAGUUCUCUUUGCACAGUCCCUGUGGCUUCAUUGCUGACCAUGUCCCCUUCUUAUGGUCGGUGUGGCAGCAGUCAUCCAUUUAACUCCAAAUAUGCCAGCUCUGCUCCAUUUCCACAGUGCUUGGUGACAAGCCCCAUGACAAAUGCUUGUGUGCCUGUCCCUGCACCUCUGCUGUGCUGCAGCUGAGCAAAUACCCAGCCAGCUACUCACUGUCAUCUCCUACUCUGAGCAGUGGGAAGGGUGGGCAGCACUACCCAGCUCCUUUACCAGGGCACUGGGAAGUGAUGGGAGGAAGAGGAGGGAGGGUUGCUUCUAACUGUCAUACUAGUGUUGUGAUCCUCCUCUGCAGAAUUUUGUUUUUUAAGGCAUUGAAAUAGGAAUUUUGAGAUCAGAAUUGCUUAAUUGCUUCUGCUAUUUUGGUUUUGGGGUUGUUUGGGAUUUUUGAAACUAUUAAUACUGUAUUUCUGUUUUUUACCUUGUUAUUGAGGGGAGCAUCCAAAAAGCAGUUUGUAAGCUGUAGCACUGCACUGAAUUACUCUGAUCAGCAUUUUGCUUUUAGUUUGUUUUACUCUGGAAGAAAAUCAUGUGGGCAUUCCAAAAUAGGGAGGAGAGGAAAGGCAGGAGAGAGUAAAAGACCUUUUUAAAAGAAAAACCAGUCUGAAAUAGAUUUGUUCUCCUCCUCACUUCCUAUGCUGACACUGAGAAACACAUCAAUGGGGGUAAAUCUCUGAUGCUCAGAUGCUGGACAGACUCAGUUGUACUGCAGAAAAAGUGGCCCAGCUCUUACUUUCUGUGCUGCCUCUGAGCUGAUGGGCUUGGGCUGGUGUGUGUGUGCUGUAAAACCAGACCUAUUUUUAGACUAGCACUUUGUAAGUGGCUGGCUCUAUUGUACAAAGAAGAAAAUUAAAAGAGUGGUUUGCACUGAAACUGGGUUUUGUUGUAUUUUCUGUCUUCGUUAUAUGACCUGAGACUGGUGGU